AAGCAAGUUCCAAAAUACACCUGCAUGCUUCAGUAUAUUUCCGAAUCUUCUUUUUGUUCUCGUCUUAGGAGCUGUCCACGCCUGUGGUGCUGAAAUUCCUCUACAAAAACUCUUUUUUGGGGAAGGGAGGGGGGCUUGAAACCAUUGUGUGUCUUUGUGUGGGGUUAAAGUUUGUUUUAAAGGAUUUUAACAUAACUUCAUUCAGCAUUAAGCUUCAUCACAUCAGACAGCCAGGCCAGUUUGGUGUGCCGAGACGUUUACCUAAUAUUGGCCUAUACAUAGCCUAUAUAAAUCCUCUGCGCGUUUGCCUGAAUAAAACCAUUCUCGUGUUGCUAUGCUGUAGUACCUCGUUUAGCCUGUCACUAUUUUUUCCCCCGUAUCACGUUAUUUUGCAGGGGCGUUUAAUUUUGGUAUAUAUUUAUUAAAGCAGUCUGAUCCUCGACUAUUGUAGCUAGUUCAGGUUUCUAAUUUUUGUUGAGUCCAAAACAGUGUUAUGUCGGAGAUUCGGCCUUGUCUACGGGAUGUAACAAAACACGCCGAACACAACAUCCUAGUUUAAAAUAGCCGUUUUCACAUUUCGUCACCGUCUCUAUAUUUGUAGAUAUGCGUAUUAAAGGCAGGUGGCAGCGCAGCAGAAUACGUAAUGGAAGUGAAGCGCCAGUACAGCUUACAUAAAGGUAUUAAGUUAGUGUAUGACAUUAUAUAUAGCAAAAUGUAAAAAAUUAUUUGUCGGUAUAGUUUAGAAGCCCCACUGCUGCGCUCUGGAAUGUCUGUUCUGCUCGUGUCACCAUCUGAAAUGAGAGGCUGGAGCGCCACACUGACAACUGUGGGGAAGAAAAUCUAUGCAGAGUGACAACUCCACCAGGACUGUACAACAGGGGCGAGCAGUAGGGCUUCCUGGGGAAUAGUGUCUCUAAUAUUUACCCAUAUAAAAACAAAACAUACCAUUUAAUUAACGGAAUCAUUUAACACAAAGCAAUGGCAGCAUCCGAGAAAACAUUGAUUUACGGCGGGGACACACACUGCGCGCUGGCCAGCAAAGUUUUACGCGCCGUGGGGGCUCCAAUGGACUCGAAUUAUGUGGAUCUAAACAAAUUGUUAGACCUGAAACUACUCGGCGGGACGAAAGUAAGUUUCACGGGCCAGAAGGAUCCUCUCCAGUGCGUCCGGCUUCCCUCGGAACAUCUGACCAGUCUCACGCGUAAAUGUGUUAAUCUGGAAUGCUGGGAAAAUGGCAGAACGGGGGAAGCAACUGAAACAAAAACAGUUGUUUCUUCUCAAGGACCACAGAUCAGUCGUGGAAACUUCGUGGGCUGUCCCGAGGUGCUCGAAGCGGAGAGAACAUCGGAAAAUUUAGGAAAAGUGACCAAAGUACUCAACGACGGUGAUUUACAGCGCUCGGAUUUGUAUCUCAGCGAAUCGGACGACGAAGUGAGCUUGGUGAUCCCGGAUUACUGCGUACAUGGAUUCGCCGAUGAUGAGCCUCACUACAUCACCACGCACGAAAUCCAGCUUUCCGAGCUCGACCACGACGUGGACUGCGAUUUGGAAACAUCUACUUGGGAUGUCGAUGACGACCACCAGGUUUAUUCGUUUGUGGACUACGCAUCUGUCGACAGCGAAGAACCUACAGGAGUACAGGUGGAAAGCAACGUGGAAGAGGCUAAGAGCACCACAGUGACAUGUAGUCAGGCAGAAAAUGAUCCGAGCGACAGGACCAGGAGCGCCACCUUAGGCGAGAAAGCGCCCGAGUGCCAAGGCAAAAGCACCGGCCACAUUCACCUGUCAAUCAAAGCCACUUCCAGAGCUAUAAACAAGCCUAGCAACGUCCAAGAAAAGGAUGGAAGCCAUCAUCAUCAUCACCAUCGUGCCGUUCCCACUGCAGAGACGAGCAGUUGUGUUUUUAAGGACGCAAAGGGGGGAAAGUGUUUAAUUGCUCUGCCUGGGCGUUUGCACUUUGGCAGAAAAUUCAAAAGCAAAGAUGUCACAGGGUACUCCAGCGGUACAUCCAGCGCUGUUAGUGAGUUGGAUGAUGCUGACAAGGAAGUGCGCAAUCUCACCGCCAGAGCUUUCAAAAGUCUGGCCUACCCGUACCUCGAUGCCAUCAAUUUCAGCACUUCCAGCGAAUCCUCGGCUUCGGAGCGCAGCAAAGGGCUCAACAGUUGGUCAGCACUUGUGGAUUUAAAGUAUGGUAACGUGAACGUGUCCAAAGGAGGCGGUCACAAUACCGUGUCCCAUCAAAACACCGCGUCUAAUUUUCAGAUGGCAAAAAGGAGGGAGAGUAAAGGGAUAACUGGAUUAACGCUGGCCAGUAGAAGGGCGCCCCCAGUCGAGAUAUUUGCCCUCAAUGGCAACCUGGUGAACCCCCAAAACGCAUCAACCAAAAAAAUCGAGCUCAUGGGCAAAAUUGGACAGGGUCAGAGCGGGGUGAUAAGGCUGACUGAAACGCUGAAUUUCCGCUGCAACGUUAAAGCGGGUCCGCCUGCAAACGAAAGGCGCGUGAAAUCCGCCCGAACCGCGGGAGGAUCACGUUCCGCAGAUGAGGUUACAAACCCUCGGCAAAAAGCGCACAGCAAGCCACCGUGUAAUUCAGAAGAAGCCAUGGAGGACGUGCACAAGAAAUCCAUAUUUGCUUCGAGCAUACUGAAAAAUGUCAUUUCGAAGAAAAUGCAGUUCGAGCAGGAGCGCAAGAUGGAGCGGGGAGAGAUUUGCGAGCCGGGCGGCCACGAGCACGAAGCGCACCGAGACCAAGCUGCGCACACAGGACUCCACAGACAGAGCUCGAAACACUCCGAGACCGGCUCCGACUUCAGCAUUGUAUGCCUGGAUGAACUCGGGGACUUCGUGGAGAGCGGCUCCUGCGAAUGCGAGCGCCAUGAAGAAACUCUCCUUCAGGGAUCGGAAACGAAUUUGGAGUCACAAAAUUGCGCGGCAUUCGACGCUAAAAAAGGAGCUGCGGAGGCGUCCAGAAGCGCGCUGAUUCGGAGCCAAAAUAGCGCAUUCAGGAGCUGGAGGGAAGAAGAGCUAGAGGUUCAAGCAGAGAGCAAAAACGAGCAAGCGUCCGAAAUGGACUCGACAAACGGCAAGCUUACAAAGAUGUCGCACUUAUUUCUGCCAAGCAUCCAAGUCGUGUCCGGUGAGAGAGAGCGCGAGAAGCCUGAGCCGCGCGCGCAGAGGGACCGAGAGGACGCCGCGCAAAAACCCGCGAAGUCACCGGAGAUUAAAAUAAGCUUACGGAGAGUAAGAGACAAGAAGAGCGAGCCGUUCAGCAUCUCCAAGCUUCUGACCCCCGGGACAGGCUGCAGUAUAAAACCAAGCGAUGAGCCGAAAUACCAAGCGCUCAGUGCAGCACUGAAGGGGGACUCGUCAGACAGAAUCCCGCACUUCACUGUUCGAGACGUUCGAGACAAGGCAAAGUUACAAGCGCCAAUACACCAGGUCAGAGACGUGCGCAAACUGGUUAAGAGCUCGUAUCAUUUUGUGUCCCUGGACAAUAACAGCACGGACAUGGACAAGACGUCCAAACAGAAGACAUAUCGCAACCCGACAAGCCUUCACCCUAUCGUCAUUAAGUGUCAUUCAGUGAACACGAAUAGCAGUGUAAAGCAAUCUGAAAAAAUCUCAGAUUCCUCGCAUAACGAGGAUAUCCAAAAGGCUGAUGAUUUACAUCCUCAGGAGCUUCCUAUAGAUGGCAGUGAUACAGGGUCAGCACAAACGAGCCAAACAUCUGACCCAGCGCACUUAGCCAACAUGAAGCAGGAGGGAACCCCUGAAUUAAAAACUGAGACAAAAACCACCACAAAGUGGCAAGAUAAAAUUUCUGACCCUGGUGAAAAAAAAUCUGAUUCCAAGAUGGCUGCUCUGGAGAAACUUCAGGCUGCUGUUAAGACCAUGGAACAACUUUAUGUGUUUGAUAAAAAUGAGUGGAAGAGGAAAUCUGAGCCACAGCCCUUAACUGACAGCCAUGUGCUUUCACUUCUGAGUACUGAGCAUCAUGGAGAUAAUGAGCAAGACCAGGGAAACACAGGUUCUUCAUCUGUCAAUAUGAGGCGAGACUCAUUCUCAAACCCAGAUAAGAUGAUAACUGCUGAAGAGAAGGAAACAUUUAAAAUCUCACACACUCCUAUCAUCCAUGACAAACGAAAAGACGCAAAAACUGCAAUGCAGCCUGGUGGAGCUUCUAAUAAUCCAAGUUCAAGCGUAAGCCAUAAUCAGAAAUCUAUCACAACGAGUUCAGUAAAGACCCCACAGACGCAUAUCUCAGCCUCAGCAUCUGUUAGUUCUAUAGCUGUAAAGAAUCCUAAAUCUCAAAAGCUACCGAUAUCUUUAAAUAUUAGUCCAUCAAAGCCGGUCACAGAGAAGAGAGAAAAGCUAAGUAGCAAUGCAGGCAAAUCCAAUAAAUCUGGAUUUACCCCAGUUCAGUUCACAUCUUCAGUUGAUUCAGAGAAUUACAUAACCAUACCUGUGAAACCUUAUGCCACUGAUGCCCAACGAUCACACAUGGCCCAAAAUCUUGAAGACAGACAUCAGCCCUUAAAACGCUCAAGUACUGUUAUUGAGACACGUUCCCCAGAUACCCCUACUGCUACGAUCUACCAUCACCCUUUACCUGUUACCAUGCAUGCAGCACAGCCACAGGUCAUUUGUUUCUCUCCCACAGUGCAGCCAUCUCCAGUCCCCACUGACCACUUUCAGUCCACACAGAGAAAAAUGCUCCUGGAUCCCACUACUGGAAAUUAUUAUUUGGUUGACACGCCCAUCCAACCGGCCACAAGACGACUUUAUGACCCAGAAACAGGACAGUAUGUUGAUGUCCCCAUGCCACAACACCCUCCCAUGACCCCUGUACCUGUACCUAUCUCUCCUCUGGCUCUUAGUCCUGGAGGUUAUGGUCCUACCUACAUGUUCUAUCCAGGCUAUGUGGCCUCCACUGUGAUUCCUGCCAGGACCAUUCAUUCUCAGAUUUCUAUGCAGUCAGAGAUGGAAGCAGGAGAAAAAUCCCAUGCAGGGCAGCAGGCAGAUGGAGCCUACAUGGAAAGUCCUUAUUAUAUGCAUUCUGGGAAACAUCUGCAGUUAAAUCCAGAAGCGCAACAUGUUACCACAGGCAGGGUGGCCAACAGCAAGGUGCCUGUCAUCAGCAUCACCUCCCAGCAAGGGCCCAGGAUCAUCGCACCUCCCUCCUUUGAUGGUACCACCAUGAGUUUUGUGGUGGAGCAUAGAUAACUGUUUGGCUGCUUACUAUGUGCUGCCUAUAAUCUGCCCAGUCAGCACUUCCAGGAUGAGAUUUCUUCAUUUGUCACAUGUAAAGUUUAUCCCUGGUAUCCUUCAACAGGAAGAUCGGUACAUUAUCUUUCAUCAUUUGCUUUGUCAUGUAAUGUAAUUCUUUAUUAUUUUACUACAGUUUGCAGUGCAACUAUGCAAUGUCUUUUUCUUUGUAUAGCUCUUUUGCACCAUUGAGAAAUUGGUUGAAAAUGAUUUUGAAAGUCAGAGUUAGGGUUUAAUGCUAUAGCAUUUCAGGUUAAAACAACAAAUCACUGGGUCACCUUUUAUAUGGUCAAGUGAUCACCAAUCCUAAAGCAAGAUCUCUCUUUUAACUGGUCAACUUUAUAGAAACUCUUGAAAAUCUUGAACAUAUUACAGUACCAAAAGUCACUUAAACAAAAUAUAAACAAUCCCAAAUGAUUGCUGCUGGCAAAUAAUGGGAUGAAUCGAGUUUUGAGAUCAUUUUUUUAUAUAUGGAAUACAGGUCAAGAUCAAAGUUUAUUAAAAAAUCCUUCUUUGUCCCACUUUUGUCCCCCAAAAAGGUAUAGUUAAGAGCAACA